UUGAAAGAGUGUGUGUGAAGGAAACGCUGCACAGCUCAGGAUGCUCCCUAGAAGAUGAGAAAAUGUGAUCUAAAGCACUUUUUCCUCCUCGUCUCUCAGAUCCUGCUCCGGUUUUUCCCUCUUUCUGUGUUUCAUCAAGACGAAGGUUGAGGACCAGAAAGGAGCGCUGCGACCCGACCAAAAGCAUGUUCCCACGGACGGAGCCGCUCUCAUGGGACAGCCAUGUUUUGUCCCCAUGACAGCUAGAUCACUCAGCCCUCUCUGCAGUGACCACCUGCACAGCAAAGGAUGCUGGGAAAUAAUGAGCAUUUUUAUUCCAGUCAGGACGACAAAGAUGGGGAGGAUGAGGAAGAAGAAGAAGAGCAAAGGCGAGGAAGUGACGAAGGCCUGUGGAGCAGGGAGAACGGAGGACUAGAAGGACUGGGGGGGAAGGAAAUGAUCGGCGGACGCCAGGCCUGGGAAGGGAAGGGCGGUGAGGCGGUGAAACCGGCGGCCAUUGUGGUUGGCAGACAGAGAAUGGACCGACCGCUGAGACCCGGUAACCUGGACAACCGGGGCAUUGCCCACAUGUCCAAUCAGGCACAAACGCAUCACCACGCUGCUAACAAGCUGCAGCAGCAACACCUCAUAGCGGCAAAACGGCGAGCGCUGAUGGAGCGCAGCAUGACCGCCAUGGCGCCUCAUGAGGAUGCCUUCCUGACUAUGAUGGUGUUCCGCAUCGGGAUCCCUGACAUCAAACAGACACGGUGCCUCCAGUUUGACCAGGACUGCACCGUGUGGAGCGCCAAGCAGCAGAUCGUCUGUUCGCUUGGCGAGUCCCUGUGGGAUGUCUACAACUACGGACUCUUCCAGCCGGCUGGAGAAGGACGAGAUGCCAAAUUCCUGGAGGAGGAGCGCCCCCUACGGGACUAUGCACGCACCUUUGAGAAAGGGGUUCCCUACCUCGAGUUUCGGUAUAAAACCAGAGUUUACAAACAGACCAACCUGGAUGAGAAGGCUCUGGCUAAGCUCAGCACCAAGGCCAGCCAGAAGAAGUUUCUGGAAUACGUCCAAACUGGAGCGAUGGAAAAAAUGGCAAAAGUUCUGGAAAAAGGUCUGGAUCCAAAUUUUCAUGACCCUGACAGCGGAGAGACGCCGCUGUCGGUGGCGGUGCAGUCCGGCCUGCCGGUGGACGGCGUCCGGCUGCUGGUUCUGGGCGGGACCCACAUGGAUUUCAGGAGCCGUGACGGCAUGACGGCACUGCACAAAGCUGUGAGAGCUCACAACCACGCCGGACUGCUGGCACUUUUGUCCCUUGGAGCGUCUCCGGAUUACAAGGACCGCUGUGGCCUGACCCCGCUGUACCACACUGUGCUGACAGGGGGCGAAACGUCCUGCUGCGAGACGCUGCUGUAUUACCGGGCGAAGCUGGGCACCAGGGACGAAAACGGCUGGGAUGAGAGCCAUCAGCACAGGGAUGAAGAGGAAUUUGGAAUGGAAGAAAUCCAUAAGGCUUGCCAGAACGGCUUUGCUCAACACUUGGAGCAUCUGCUGUUUUAUGGAGCGGACACGGCUUCUCAAAACGCCUCAGGGAACACUGCACUUCACAUUUCAGCGCUCUACAACAAGGAAAGCUGCGUCCGGGUUCUGCUGUACCGGGGGGCCAACAAGGAGGCGAAGAACAAACAUGGCCAGACUCCUUUUCAGGUGGCUGUGAUGUCAGGUCACUUUGAACUUGGAGAGAUUAUUAAAAACCAUAAAGACAUGGAUGUUGUUCCCUUUUUAGAGUCACCAAAGUUUGUUCCCAGGCGAAAGGAGAGCGUCCACACGCUGCCUCUCCCCUCGCUCCAUUCCCACCCGCUGCUGCGCGCCAACAGCGACAACACCGUGACCGGUUCCGACCCGCUGAUCCUCCCCGCCAAGGCCGCCACCAACCCGGGGCAGGGCCAGCGCCGGGCCUCCAUCGGGGUCAGGAGCUCCAGCAGCCCCCGGAACCGAACCCGGUCCCCGUCCAGAGGCAGAGGAGGCCAGAGCGAUACGGAGGAGCGGCACCGGCAGCCCAGAGGCCGGCAGGGGGCGGCACCGGGCGGCGGUCAGAUGAAGCGGAUGUACAGCGCGGUGCCGGGCCGGGUUUACGUCGCCGUCCGCUCUCACUCCGCCAGCGGAGACAGAGAACUCUCACUUAACAAAGGCGACAAAGUAAAAGUGCUGAGUGUGGGAGAGGGGGGCUACUGGGAGGGAACGGCGAGAGGACGCACCGGCUGGUUUCCCUCCGACUGCGUGCAGGAAGUGGCGCCGCCCAGCAGAGAGAAAGAGACGCGGAGCGAGAAGGCCAAGAGGAAACUUUUCCGUAACGUCACAGUGGGAGCAUACGACGGUACCGAUGGGCCAAGCGACUACAUCAUUAAGGAGAAGACAGUGCUCCUACAGAAGAAAGACAAUGAAGGCUUCGGCUUUGUGCUCAGAGGAGCCAAAGCUCAGACUCCCAUAGAGGAGUUCACGCCAACGCCAGCCUUCCCGGCGCUGCAGUACCUGGAGUCUGUUGAUGAGGGGGGCGUGGCCUGGAGAGCGGGCCUGAGGAUGGGGGACUUCCUCAUCGAGGUGAACGGCCAGAAUGUGGUGAAGGUGGGUCACCGGCAGGUGGUCAACAUGAUCCGGCAGGGCGGCAACAGCCUCAUGGUGAAGGUGGUGAUGGUCGCUAGGAACCCGGAGCUGGAGGACACGGCUCGGAAGAAAGCCCCGCAGCAGUCGAAACGACUGACCCCUCCUGCCAUCGCCCUGCGCUCAAAGUCGAUGACAUCAGAGCUGGAAGACAUGGUGGAGAAAGCCGCCGCCUCGCCCUGGAAGAAGAAAGCAGAGUAUGAACCCUCUCAGGGUCCAGAUAAGAAGAGGACAGUUUAUCAGAUGGCGCUAAAUAAGCUGGAUGAAAUCUUGGCUGCUGCUCAGCACACCAUCACAUCCGACAGCCAAGGUCAGAGAGGUCACGGGGGCAAGAGGGACCGGAGCAAGAGCAUCGUUCCCAACGUUCCCACUGUUCCCAACGAGCAGCCGUAUGAGCAGCCGUCAUCCGUGAGUCUGAUGCAGACUGGGCAAGGAUUUGGCUACAACCAGGCCCAUUUUCAACCUGGCCAUGGACCUCAGCAUGCAGUCAUGAUGCGCCAGAAAUCCAUCGGUGUGACGGAAGAAGAAAGGCAGUACCUCCACCCACCUGCUAUGAAGCUAGCUCGCAGUCUUUCAGUGCCAGGACCAGAAGACAUCCCACCGCCCCCCAACACGUCUGCUCCAGAGCCACCUUUAUCCGCAGGUCCUUAUACUGGUAGAGGGCCUGCUAUGCCAAUCCCCCCUGUAUCUCAAGCCCACUACCAGUUCCACUCACAGCCAGCCCAUCCUACGCAGGCUGCCUGGGAGAGGGGAGGACCUGGUGGGAUGAACCAGCAGGUCAUGGUUCCCACCCUCCGCAGGCAGUCCGACGGACUCUGCAUAAGAGAGCCAGAGGCGCCUCGGAGAGGUGGCGGCAAGAUGGGAGGGCUGAGGAGAGGAUACAGCAGUGCCACACCACCAACAAGUGCAAAGCCAAAGCCUCAACAGGUGCAGCAUCCUGUGCAACUCACCAGCCGGGAGCAAGGUGGAGGAGCCGGAAGGGGAGUAGCGAGGCGUGGAGGUCGUGGAGCUCUGAUCAAGCAGUCAAAGGUGGAAGACGGGCUGAGACAACAUAGGGGCAAAGGAGGUGCUACCAAAGAGAAGAGUUCUAUCCCCAUCCCUACCAUCAUCGUCAAAGCGCCGUCCACCAGCAGUAGUGGCCGAAGCAGCCAGGGUAGCAGCAUAGAAGCAGAUCCGUCUCAGGAUGUGGAGGACCAAACCUCUGGGAACGCAGCUCCAGAUAACUCCAGCACAAGCCUACCUUCACCACUGACCCCCACACCGCCUCAGCCGACUACACCCAACUCCUUGCCUUCGAGUGUCGCACCCGCCAUCUCUUCUCAGCAAAACCUGGAAAAAUUGGACUAUACCUCAACAUUUGGCACAGCAUUUAGUGGAGGAGGAACACGCAGGGACAGGGAGCGAUUAAGAGACAUGAGAAGAAAGAGCGCUUCCUUCUACCAGUCGUCAGAGGAAGACAUCCAAGGAGAGGCAGGUGGUGGAGAAGGAGGAGGGACACUUGAGACCCAAGUUCAGCCUCUGCAAGGCUCAAAAAUGGAGGUACCCACCCCUCGACUUCGGCCUUCCAAGUCUAUAGAUGAAGGCAUGUUUUCUGGAGACAACUUCAUGAACUAUUCCAGCAGCAUGCCCCCAGCCUUUGGCCUUCCAGAGUACUCCUCACCUGUCCUUGGCCAGGAUGGGCAGCCCAAGUCAGCCCCCUCAGUGUAUGGCAGCCAGCCUGCUACAACUUUUAUCCAUCCACUAACAGGGAAAGUGCUUGACCCCUCGUCCCCACUUGGCCUGGCACUGGCUGCGAGAGAACGAGCUCUGAAAGACGACCGCAGGACGCGUCGAGAUGACAGGCACUUUGGCCGGCAGAUGUCCACAGUUGGAUCCUUCCCUACACCAAUUCAGACCCCAACACCUUCGCUGUUUGCAACCCCGACGCAAUCGGCAUAUACUUCUCCGGUGUCCCUUCACCUCGGAUCCCCAUCCGCCACCGCCUCCCCUGCGUCUUUGAGCCGGCCGCAGUCACCAAGGAUUUUACGUUUAGGAGGUGGAGGAGGAGGAGGUGGGGAGAGGAUGGAGAGAGAAAGAGAUGGAGGGCCUAAAGAGGGUCUUAGAGUUCGUUUCUCUGAGGACAGAAACAGCCAGUUUUCAGGCCAGUACUACCCACAGAGCAGCAGAGAGAGAGAGAAGGAGAUGUACGAAAGCAAACAUGCUCAGGCUGUUCAACCUCCUCCCCCGCCAGCUCAACCUGCCCCCCGUAGACCAUCCUACUUGCAGAUGGAAAACGUUCCCAACACAAGCUAUAUUCCACAGUACACUGUCCCCACAGCUCCAUCACAGACUAACGACGCAAUGGGAGAAGCAAGAGCCGGGGCGGGCGGCCUGGGACUGAUGGUUCUCCCUCCUCCUGCUCCCUCAGUAGACGUAGAUGAGGAGUUUGUUUUUGCAGAUCCUUUGCCCCCUCCGCUACAAUUUGCUAACGGAAAGAAUGAGAGAGCAAUGGAGUUCUCUCAGCAUCAUCAACGCCAGAGUCAACACCCUGCUCCUGCUGCCCCACCUCCACCACCCCCUCCUCCGUCUCCUAAGCCCUCAAAUGCUCCCCAACAGUCUUCACAAGGUGGCGACUCUGCCGCCUCAAGCCUCACCUCCUAUGACAGCGAAGUGGCCAACCUCACGCAGUCUGCACUUUCUCCAUCGUAUCCGUCCCCGCAAAUAUUUGCACCGUCGUCCAACACCACCACCACCUCAGUGGCUGCUGCAUCACUACACAGACCCCAGCCCAUGUCACAUGCCCAUCCUUAUUAUGGCAGCACCAAUGACCCGUUGGUUGGGGUUCAGACGCCAGCCCAGGACAGAGGCACAGCUGCCCUUACCACCACCAUGACCUACGCAACAACAACAAUGACAGCCACUGCUGCUGCCACAACCACAACAGCCUCUCCUGCUUCCUCCGACUACAGCAUGGCUGGGCCCAAAGUAGGCCUUAGCACAGGGAGUAAAGGAACCGAUCCCACUCAUUCCAGUACUAUGAUUCCCAAGAGUGGAGACUGGCAGGACACAGUGGUAGAUUCUGGCAUUGAGGAGCUGGACAGUCAUAGCAGUAGUGACCAUCAUCUAGAAAUGCUGGGACUUGGUGGCUUGAGAGGAGAAAAAAUUGGACUUGGAGGUGAUGGACGAGGAGGGGAGGGAGAGAAAGUCAACGAACAUCAGGAUCCCUGCACAAUCUACCGGGGAGGGCAACCGUUUGAUGUGCACACCUCCAAAAUGGCAAACCCCGUCUUUCCAAAGAUGACGCAUUACAAGGAAAUGGAAGGGAGAGGCCCGCCUAUAGCGUUACGCAGGCAGAACAGCACCAACCCGGCUCCUUUGCAGUUGCAGAGACAAAGCCACCCUGAAGAUGCCGGUUUGGAGAGAACUCUUGUUGAUGACAGAAAGCAUAAGCAGAGUCGGGCCAGAAUGGAAGAUGGCUUUAGCUCCGCGCUGGCGGCCUGUCUGGAGAGGCCCAUGGAGCCUCGGUCAGUGGUCUGGGGUGACAUCGCUGAACACAAACAAGAAGGAGUCCAGCAUGGCGGUAUGGUGUUGGAGGGUCGCAGGCUUCACUCGCCUUUUUCCGGUGUGAAAGCCAGCAUCAUCAACGAGUUAAGUUCCAAACUGCAACAGAUGAGUAGCAUGAAGAGUAUGGAUGACUGGAGUCACGUUCCUAAGUCCCCCUCCAUGCAUAGGUAUUCAGCAGAUUUUACCGAUGCCUUCCACAGCCCACCGACCGGUCGCUCCACCUCGCCGCUACCGACCUCCUCCCCGCAGCAUCGACAGAUCCUGACUCCCAACCUCUCGGCCUCCCCUUCUGUCUCUCCGUCUCCUCAAGUCCCCGUUCAGCGCAACUGGACCCGCUCCCCUUCUCCUCAGAUGCCGACCUCCCCGGUACAUUCCCAUCCUCCCCAUUCCCCAACCUACUGCCCAUACCCAACAUCACCUAAGCACAGAUCUAAGUUGCGCAGGCAGACUUUUGAUUUUCAGUGUAGUCCCUCUAAAGAGAUGCGGUCAUCGGUUUCCAGGCGCCGGGCCCCCAGCCCUCUCAUCUACAACACCGAACAGCAGAACCCAACACCACCCAGACCUUCCUCUCUCCCCAUCCUUCCCUCCACACCUAUCUACAGUAACCCCUUUGACUUUCCUGGCCCUCUCACACCUCCAUCUCCUGGUCACUCUCUCGGAGAUCCCUACCACGCCUCGACUCCCCCGCUGUUCUCUCCUUCCGGUAUGCCGAGUCCGAACCCUCUACUAGUCUCACGCUCUCUCUCCCCGACUCAUUUCUUCUCGGGAGCCUCCUCCCCAUUGCAUCUACCACCCAGCCCUUCUUGUCUCAACUACCCCAACCUCAGCCCCGCUCCCCCUGCCAGACCCUUUGCCAUCAAACCUCUACCCUACUGGACCAAGUACGACGUUGCCGACUGGUUGACUUACUUAAAUUUGGGUGAACACAGGGAGCGUUUUAUAGACAACGAGAUAGACGGAUCUCAUCUCCCGUCACUUACUAAGGACGACUUCUUGGACCUGGGAGUGACCCGAGUGGGGCAUCGAAUGAACAUCGAGCGGGCCCUCAAGAAACUCACUGACAGGUGAGGGAGGACGAAAACGGGCUCAGGGCGAUGUAGAGGCGACUCAAACGGUCCAAAAGGAAACACUGGAUGGUGAAAGAGCGUCAGAGUGUCUCGUUAGCUUCAUUUGAAGGUGCAGUACGUAACUUUUAUAAAGAAUUUGUUUUUACAGGUUUGUUAAAACUGUCACCAUGUCAUGACAGAUCAAUAUGAGACAGAUAAUCUGAAAAGAUUGAUCUCCUCCACAUCCUCCCUGAGCCGCUACUGAAGAAAUGCACCAAAAACAACCAAUAACAGCCAGGAGGCGGGGCUUAUCGCUCCUCAUGUACUUGCUGCUAAAUGUGCUAACGCCGGAUAAGCAACUCCUCAUUACAGGAAAACCGUUUUCUGCUGUCAUUGGUGGCUAUGCUAAGUGGCUUUAGCAUUCAUGACAUGCUAAGCUAGCUGCAGUGUAGCAGAGAGCACUGGGGGAAUCCAUUAAGCCCUGCCUCCUGCCUCUGAUUGGUUGUUUACAUUUAACACAGAGAAAACAGAGAUUGAUUUUUUUCAGAUUAUCUCAUAACAUAAUAUCACCACAUAGUGACAGUUUCAACUAAUAUGUAAAAAAAUAUUUUUCUAAAAGUUACAUACUGCAGCUUUAAGUUGAUCCAACCAUACUUACCUUCCAACCGUCUUAAUCCUUAAAGUCUGAAUAGUUUUCCAAUCAUUUCUCCAUCUAACUGCAUUUUAUCAACCCCAUUUAGUUUGUAGUUAAAGUCCACCCGUUCUUAUUCUUUGAUUUGGCCUCCUUUUCUCCCCAGGCGUCUCUCCUCUCCUUUGCAUGUCCCCACGUCUCCUCGAGACACAGACUGAGAAAGUGAAGGGAUGAUUCAGAGCUGACAGAAAAGGGAGAGAAACUUAUUGACAAAGCUGAUCAAUAACAGAAGAUGUGCAAGAGAAGAUCAGUGGACAUCAACAGGCCUAAAGGGGCAGAAACCCGGGCUUUGCUUUACUGUGGAUCAAUUUGUGGAGUAUAAAAAAAGUCAGAAUGUCUUAAGUUGGUGGUGAAAAUAUGUUUCUAAACUUUUGAUGGACAGGCUUUUAAUUAACGGACUAUUUUUUGGUGUAAAAGAAUAAACACAUUUGCAGUGUUUUUUUUCUUUCGGGCUCAGUGACAGAUGGAUUCUCACACCAUCUGCUGCUCAGAGCUGCAACUCACAAAACUUAAGUUGGAGUUUAGAGACGAGCAGAAAAAUCAUCCAAGGAAAAUGUUAUUUACUGUGACUGAAUCGGAGACGCUAUUAAAAGCAGAGACGUGAACAGGUUUCUGACGUCUGCUUUGUGCUUUUCAGCAGAUCCCACGAUGAGUUUUAUUUGUAAAUGAUAGACAAAAUAGACAAAAAUAGUAUUUUAUAUGAAAUAAUAAAUAUAUAUAUAUUACACACACAUAUAUUUGCAGAUUUCCCCCAGAGGUUGCUCCCAAUAAGCUUUGUAUGUUUGUACUUUGCGAGCGCUAAAUAUAUAUUCCAUGUUUAACAGGAUUAGUAAAAGAGCCCAUCUGUUUUGUACUCAGUGCUGAUAGCAAUCAUUCAUAUAAAACUGGUCAGGGUGUUUUUAAAUGUUCAAAUUACACUGUAAAAAAUGAGGAAGAGAUUUUAAAGCUUCAUCAGGUUUCAGACAGUUUUGGAGAAAACUGAGUUUUGUGUUUUGGGGUGAAACUAAAGUUGUGUCCUUCCUCUUUGGUGCCAUGAGGUCGGCCAUUUUGUUUUUUUCCACGUAGGUGAGGUAAUGAAAAAGGGCUUUUUCCUGCUUCUCUAUUUGCCUGAACUUCUCGACCUUAUGCCUCUGUGAGUCUGAUAAUGUGUGUGUGUUUGUCGGUCUCAGAUGCUUCCCCUGACUUAUACCUUCUCUUCCUAAAGCCUUUUCCAUAAAAGCAAAUGCUUCUUCUGCUCCUAAAAUGUUGAAUUAAUUAGUUUUUAAUUCUGAACUGUCAAUCCCACAGUUUAACUAUUCCACAAAGCAAAAAAAUAAUAAUUUUCACAUAUCUUUCAUAUAUUUUUGCUGUAAUAAAUGGGAAACUACAGUUUGUGUUGCAUAUUAAACAUCCGAUCUCGGUUUUAUUCUAUAUGGUGGCCGACAGGCGCAAAUGUGCAUCAAACACAUGAAUAAUGCAAACUCCAAAACACAUGUAACUGCAAAGGCCUGCAAAUAACACAAAAGCAAAAGAAAAAUUCUGCAACCACAGGAAAUGGAAACAACAAACGUUUCUGGACGAUAAAUUGUUCCAGAUGUUAUUGCGAUAAACGGUAAUGUUGUUUUGACAAUAUUCCAGUAAUGUGAUGGUAAUGGCUUAAUAAUGCUAGAACACAUUCUCAAGAUCAAUAAACGUUCAAUUGUAAUGAUCAUUUAACAAUUUAAAUGUCCAAAACUGAAAAAACAGAAACGACAAAUAAAAUCAAUUAUGAAGUCUUUGUAGACUAAAUUGUCCUUCAAAAUAAAGUCUUGUUGAAACCAAAACAUUAGACUGAAGAUUUUUACCAUCCAGUUUUUGGUAGAAAGAGAAAAACAAGAAAUCAUGCAAAUAGAAAUUAUUAAAAUAACAGCAAAUGUGAAACAAUUAAAGCUCACGCCACAAAACCGAAGUCCUCCACUCCACUAGGGGGAGUCUGGAGCUGUUAGUAUUACCCACUUCCUCCAUAAACAUGCUGGUGUUCAACAAUAUAAAAGAUUGUGUGUUUAAGAAGACACAACAUAGACAUCCCGUCUUUCCUAGGGUUCUGAUUCAGUGAUUGACUCCCCCUGGUGGUCUGGAGGACUUCCAUUUGGAGAGCAAAAUACCAGCGUUUUAUACCUGCUGCUGUUUUUCAUUUGUAUGUUUUGUCGGUCGUAAGUUGUUGCUUCUAUUUUCUGCGAUUGCAGAGUUUUUCAAAUUAAAAAAAUACUUAACUGGCCCCAAAUUUUAUGAUUCUAAAUCCAUGUCCAGAGGUUCCACAGUGGUGCCCAGAACAGAACCAGCCUUCAUCAGGUUGUUGUCCACACAGAAGUUCAGUCAGUCACACACUCAUUCAUGGCGUUGAUGUUUCUUCAUGUGGCUGGAAAAGAGCGAUCCCAUCAUGAGACUUCGUCGUCUUCCUGGCAUCUUCCUAACGUAGUUCCUGAACAAGGGGUUUGUAUUCAGAGCAGAGAAAAACGAGAUUGUGAUCUUGGUAUAUAUAUCAAUGUGUUGCAUGUGUUUUUUUCUUGGUUUUGCAUUAUUCAUGUGUUGGCGGCGCUUCUUGCCAUUUGCUGCGCAUUGCGCCUGUCGGCCAUGGUGAUUUUAAGAUGCCAGUGCAGCCAUUUAACUGUGGGGCAAACAUCACUUAUAGCUUUGUAUGUAAUGACGAUAAUGUCAGCAAAGAUGAUAAAAAUAUAGUACAAUGAAGAUUAUAAUAUUAGGUAUGUAAACAUUUUUAAGAAUCUCUGUCUUCCAGAUAGUGUGGACAAAUUCUUUGACGUUUUCUGUUGAAUUUCUGGGUUUUCUGUAAAUGUUUUCUGCACUGCGGCGACUCCAGUGAAGCUUAUUAAGGCCCAAAGCAGAACAUGGACUGAGCCGCAGUGUAGAAAGCAUUAUGUACACCUUAUGGACACCAGAGUAUUUUUAGGCCUAGUGAAAUGCAUCAUGACCACAUACAGUAUGAGCAUAAGUAUGCAGAGAUAAAAGGUAUAUGAAUAUAUAUAUAAAUUUUGUUUUGAAUAAAAUACAGUAUAUAAUAUGAUAGAGAUACAACUAAGGUGUUGAAAUAAAAGCUGAAAUAAAGCCCGGCUCUGUCGUCAUUGCUCCCAUAAUGAACCGGUUGGAGGUGUUUGGAUUGAAUGGAGUCAUUUGGCAGCAGCAGAGGUGGAGGACAGCGCCGCUCUCAGCUGCAGGCUUGUUUCCCUUCGGUUUGGUGAGUUAAUGGUGUAAAUGUUUGGAGCUCGUGGGCAGGAAGACGAGGAAAUGGCUUGUUGGAGAGCGUGCAGCCGGCUCAAACUGGCCUGUGAGGCAUUAAGCAGAUGAAUGUCUGUUUGCAACCGACUCACAAAUGAAGCUUUUUUUCUGUGUGAUGGUGAAGCUGAAACAUGUUUGUUUGUUUCUUUCUUGUCUAUGUGAAGAAACCUUUCCAGGAAACAAAUAAUCUCUCCCAUGACUUCAUCCAAGGUACUUAGUCUGGGUGACAUGAUGUGCUCUGAAUCAUCAUUGAGAUAAUUUUUUGUUUGUCUUUAAAAGAAAAAGUAUGAUUCAU